AUGUCCACAGGAAAGAGCAAUGGAGAACCUGUUUCUCCUCGAAUUUUUGCACCUAGCUCUUUGGUUUUUGACGACUCUCAGCUGUGUUUCAAUAAGAAUCACUUUGGACGGCCGGAUUUCAAUGUGCAACGGUUUAUGAAUCUUGCCAGAAGGCGUGCUGGGCUGAAGCAAAUACAGCAGGAUCUUCGCUUGUACCUUAAGAGUGUUCAGCACUCCAUGAUAGAAUUGAUCAAUGACGACUACGCAGACUUUGUUCAUCUAUCAUCAAAUCUGGUCAGUCUGCAAAGCGCUAUAGAUAAGAUCGAGAAUGACAUGAAUACAAUAUGGGCCGAGUUUGAGAGCAGCACCAGUGAUGCUGUCAAUACCGCUGAGCGUGUAGAGUCAUUCUGUGUGGAACUCUCUCAUAAUAGAUCUUCCCAGGUUGAGCUCCGUCACCGCAUCUCUUUCUUGUCCGCGUUGCGGCGCCUCUCCAUCUUGGUAAAGAAUAUGCCAGAGUCUGUAAACUCUUUAUGGCUAGAAAAAGUUUCUUCCUGCCUUGUAGAUGCAAGUUCCUACAAAGAACAUCUGGUGAAGGAUAGUCGUGAAUCUAGGAUGCUCAAUAAGCUGUUGGAGAGAUUGGAGACCGUACUGUGUGACGAAGGUGUGAGAAGUGCCAGCAGUGACUGUGCUUCUCUGCCGCAUGUGCUUUCUCUUCUUGUGUUGGCAGACUUCCGCCCAUCGAAGGACCAUUAUGAGAUGUUGAAAGCUGUGUUUGCUGGAGUGAAAGAGAUGCGUUCCAAGUGGAGUGAUCUUCUUGGGUCCAAGUACAGUGGCUCAGUCGAGGCAUUUUUGGAGCAAACGCUGCUAACUUUUCUGCUAACUUUCAUAGACAAGUGCAUGGGUACUGUUGCUGUACCGAGUAAUACUUCCCUUUUCCACCGCUGCUUCAGUGCCACACAAGACUUCAUUGAGAAUUGGCCACCACAUGCGCAUUCAAGAGCAAUGCUGAAAGCUGUUAGAGAUAAAUUCAAUCUAGUUGUCUACUUCAAACUUGUCACCCAUAAGCUUGUUCGCAAUGUGGAUAGCGAGAUGGCCCCAGAGUCAUUAAAGUUUUUAGAUGAGGAUGCGCAACGUGAAGAGGGUGUUAUUUGUUCGAUCUCUUCGGCAAUAUUGAAAACAGUGGAAACUGUCUGGUCUGAAGAUGUUUUUCUGUAUCCAAUUGCUGACAAGCUGUGGGACCUGACGCUACGAUUAUUAGAAAAGCAUUUGGCUUGGGGAAGGGCACUUCUUGAAGUUUCACACAACAAGGAGAACUCUGAAUUGGGGAAUGUGGAACCUUGGCGUGCAUUGCUAGCAGUACGCCACGAUCUCCACACCUUGCACUCCAAAAUUUUCGACAUGGCUCUCGAACAGUUGUGGCCAAAACUGGGGGACAUGGGAGUUGAUACAUCCCUUUUUGGUCAAUGCCUUACCCGCUUCGCUAUGCUUGUUGAUGCCGAAUGCGUCAAAAUCGAUGAAGAAGUCACUCGAUCAGUUUCAUCUGCUCUCUCCAAGGAGUUUGACGCAGUCUCUGAUGUGCCGAAACAGUAUCGAUGGACAAAGAAACCUCCUCCUUCUUCUCACUCAGUUUACAUUAACAGUGCUCACUCAAAGCUAGAAGAGUUUGUAACUGAGCUGCGGAAGAGAAAUCAUCCCGGUCUUGAAGACAUGGUUCGCUCUGUUAUUGUUGCAUCGUACGGCCAUCUGGUGACGAAGACGAGCGAGGUUCUCGAUAGCGUGGACGCCACAGGUUCGAGUUUAUCUCGGUUCAAGCGAAAAGGAACGACGCUAGAUGGAACCUCUGAUGACGAUAAAAUCAGGACUCAGAUAUUCCGCGAUCUUAUCUUCUGCCACAAUAAAAGUGUCGAGAGAAAUAUCAGCAUCGAGGGAUUGCCCAAACUUAUUGACCGUUCGCGGCCUGAAACUAUUGAUAGUGGUGGGAACACGAAAACAUCUUCAGCAGGGAAUCAGGAGCUGUCCGCAAAACAUGAUGAUUUGGAUGAUCAGAAAGAUACUGCUCCAGAAGCAACUACUGUAGAACCUACCCAUUGA